CAAUGCCACCUCCCUCCCCUUCCCUCCCUCCCCCAAAGCGCUCGUCCGCUUCCUCCCCUGCCCUGCGCCGCCUCCCUCCGCCCUCGCGAUCCGAUUCAAAUCCGUCCUCGCGGGGGAGAUCUGAUCCGGUACAGGGCGCCGCCAUGAUGCACCACCACCAGCAGCUCGACCAGUGGCUCGCCGGUGGCGGCGUUGGCGGCGUGGGCGCGGUGCUCCGGCCGACCAAGUCCGCGCCCUGCUCCCCCGUCAAGCCGGCGGCGGUGUCCAUGCUGCGGACGCACUCCGACUCCUUCCACGUCGCCCACAAGGUCCCCGUCGGCGACACGCCCUACGUCCGCGCCAAGCGCGUCCAGCUGGUGGACAAGGAUCCGGAGAAGGCGAUUGCGCUGUUCUGGGGCGCGAUCAACGCCGGCGACCGGGUGGACAGCGCGCUCAAGGACAUGGCCAUCGUGAUGAAGCAGCAGAACCGCGCCGAGGAGGCCAUCGAGGCCAUCAAGUCGCUCCGCGUCCGCUGCUCCGACCAGGCGCAGGAGUCGCUCGACAACAUCCUCCUCGACCUCUACAAGGUAGUACCAAGCUUUUCUUUUCAAAGUUCAAAUUUCAAAUCCGUUAGUAGAUCCGUUGGGAUGGCAACUCAAUAUUUUAAUCCCACACGACAGAGGUGCGGGCGGCUGGACGACCAGAUCUCGCUGCUCAAGCACAAGCUGCAGCUCAUCCACCAGGGCCACGCCUUCAACGGCAAGCGCACCAAGACGGCCCGCUCCCAGGGCCGCAAGUUCCAGGUCACCCUCGAGCAGGAGGCCACCAGGCUCCUCGGCAACCUGGGGUGGGCGCUGAUGCAGAAGGAGAACUACACGGAGGCGGAGGGGGCGUACCGGCGGGCGCUGGUCAUCGGCCCGGACAACAACAAGAUGUGCAACCUGGGGAUCUGCCUCAUGAAGCAGGGCCGGGUGCUGGAGGCCAAGGACGUGCUCAAGCAGGUGCGCCCCGCCGGCGUCGACGGCCUCCGCGGCGCCGACUCCCACCUCAAGGCCUACGAGCGCGCGCAGGAGAUGCUCCGCGACCUCGAGGUCAAGCUCGUCGGCCGCCCCGGAUGGGCCGGCGCCAUCGCCGACAACCUCGUCGACAAGAAGUGGCUCUUCGACGCGCUCAUGCUCGGCUCCUCCUCCAGCAUCUGGCAGCCGCAGCCGUGCAUCGACCACCUGCUGCCCCCGCCGGUCCCGCAGCAGCCGCGCGACAGCUUCGCCGACGAGAACAACGCCGGCCCCGCCGCCGCCGCCGCAGCCGCGGGCAAGAAGAUGGCCGCGCUGCAGCAGCAGCAGCAGGCCAACCUCAACAUCGACGCGCAGCCGUUCUACUCUCACCGCAUGCCGCCGCUGGCCGCCAAGCCACCGCAGAACGCGCCGCGCCAGCAGCAGCUGCCGCAGCAGAAGGCGCCCUCUCAGAUGCAUCACGAUCCCAUGGGCAACCUGAAGAGGACGCGGUCCGGCACCGCCAUGGACAAGGCCGCGGCCGCUGCGGCAGCCGGGGAGAAGACCAAGGAGGAGCAGAGCAGCAACAAGGAGGCCGACAAGAACCAGGACGACACCAGCAACAACGGCCGGAGGAAGUCGCUCACCGCCGAGGAGAGGUGGCCGGAGCUGCCGGACCACAGCGCGUUCGACGAGGCCCUGGUGGCGUCGGUCCUGGCCCCGGUCCUCGCCGACGACGAGAACUGCAAGCCGUCAGCAAAGGCGCCUCCUCCGGCGAGCUGCUGCGACACGAGCCCGGCGGCGGUGAAGGAGAAGGUCGGAAAGAGGCUGAGGAUCUUCCAGGACAUCACGCAGACGCUCAACGUGCUCUGACCGACGGCGAGGCUUGGUUUUGGUUUUCUUUUCUGCUGCUGGCUGGCUGCUCACACAACCGAAGAGGAGGAGGUGGCGACGCUGCGAAGGAGAUGAGCUUGUUCUCCUCGGAGUUUCUGCAUCGCGGUUUUUAAGUUAAAAAUUAAGAUAGGGAGGGAUCGAUCGACAUUACCGCUCGACUUGGUUCUUUUUUUUUUCAGUUUGCUGCUGAUUCGUUAUUAUUAUUUUUGUAACACAGUCAAAAUAACAUUGGCAAGGAGUGUGUUUCCUCCUGAUCAUCUUCUGUUGCUUGUAACAGAAAUUGAUUUCGAUAAUCACUUCAAAGCUCAAAUAACAAAGUUACCUGAUUGCAUCUCGAUCA